AAAAAAAAAUCCGUCAUCGCAACGCAACGACCGAAUUUCGGACGACUUUCCUGAUCAGAGAGGAAGAAGAAUCACAAAAAUUUGUGCGGUCUCGGUUAUCGGGUGUGCGUCCGGUGGAUUUUCCGCGACAUUUCCGGCUAAAGUGUUUGUGCGUUGAUUACGAUUGGUGACCAUUGGAAUUACGGAGUUAUUAUUGGUUCCAGGGAGUCGAUUAGUUCACGACUGAGGAAAGAAGAAAGUUUGCUCCCCUUGGUUGGAAGCCUCCUUUGAAGACAUCGCCUGAAAAAAAAAGUUCCCAUCCAGAAUGGCUCUCAAUCCGCAGUACGAAGAUAUUGGAAAAGGAUUCGUCACCCAGUACUAUGCCAUGUUCGAUGACCCGCUGCAGCGACCAAAUCUGGUCAAUUUGUAUAAUGCCGAAUUGUCUUUUAUGUCCUUCGAGGGUCAGCAAAUCCAAGGAGCAGCGAAAAUCUUAGAAAAAUUACAGGGUCUUACCUUCCAAAAAAUCUCCCGAGCCCUAACGGCGGUCGACUCUCAGCCCAUGUUCGACGGAGGAGUCCUAAUCAACGUUCUAGGUCGAUUGCAAUGUGACGACGACCCGCCGCAUGCCUACUCGCAAGUCUUCGUCCUGAAGCCCCUGGGGUCAUCGUUCUUCUGUGCGCACGACAUCUUCCGGCUGUGUAUCCACAAUUCGGCAUAGGACCGACGCCCGCCCGCCCUGCUUGCACCUCUACCGAAACACGGACGGUGAAUUUUGCACCCAGAAUAUACACAUACACGCGCACAUACAUACACCACACACGUACAGCUAAUCAAACUGACGGGCUGCCUAUGAGAAGAAUAAUAGUACCCCCUCCUCCCUCCAAUAAUGCUAUUAUUGCUGCUUCUGGUUUUCUUCGCGGAAAACGAAUCGGGGAAAACGUGCUCGAUGGUAUAUCACAGGCGAGUUCUCUAAUCCACAUCAUGCUAACCCGUAAUAUAGAACAUGAUAAAGCUUAAUACGUUUGUUUGAAAUUGAAUAAAAGUUUCGUUAAGAAAAUCAAACAAAA